UUUUGAAAUAUCAACAUGGAUCGCGGCAGUCACCGAACCGUUCUACUCGCUCUACUGAGUGUAUUAUUUAUCAGCGGCUGUCAAGGUGGAAAUAUACUCGGAGUAUUUACGAGUCUAAAUCCCUCACAUUUGAUUAUACACAUGUCGAUGGCAAAAGUUUUGGCUGAGAAUGGUCAUAAUGUAACCGUAAUUACGGCUCUGAAACCCGCCGUGAAUCAUAAGAAUAUCACUGUAGUGCAGAUUCCCUUGAGCGAGGAGGAUCACAAACAAAUGAGUGCAACAAUGGCUCAAUUUGCCAGCCAAGACAAUAGUAAUAUGUUUGGCGCCAUGUUCGGUUUAAUGGGUCGUUUGAAAUUCAUGAUGGCGAAAAUGCGGGAUAUAUUGAAAGAUCAGCGUGUCAAGGAUCUCUAUGAGAACAAGAACAACAAGUUUGAUCUAGUUAUAUUGGGAUACUUCUUCAACACUUAUCAAUUGGGAAUUGCACACAAAUUAAAAGCUCCCGUUGUUAUAGCCGCCACUACGCCGCCUAAUGAAAUGUUUAAUAGCGUUGUUGGCAAUCCCUCAGCAGCUUCCUUUGUGCCGGCAAUGAAUAUGGCAGUCGAAAGAGGUCAAACUAUGACGUUUGUGCAAAGAAUUCAAAACUUCCCUACAAAUAUUGUAAUUAAAGUAUUUUUUGGAAUUCUGGAGAACAAUAAUACGAACACAUACAAAGACAUAUAUAGCGACGUUUCCACAAUGCCAGCCUUUAAAGAGUUAGUCAAGAAUGUAUCGCUCACUUUCUUCACUUCUUAUGCACUCAGCGAAGGACCCAUUAGACCAAAUGUUCCAGCAGUUAUUGAAGUGGGUGGCAUUCAGAUUAAAGACAAACCGAAUCCGUUCCCCAAACAGAUUGCGGAGUUUCUCAAAAAAGCUGACAAUGGUGCUAUUCUCUUAUCGUUGGGAUCCAAUGUGAAAAGCUCACAUUUAAAAUCCGACACAAACAUCAAAAUAUUUAAUGUAUUGUCGCAGCUGAAACAACGAGUCAUUUGGAAAUGGGAAGACCUCGAUAAUACUCCUGGUAAAUCGGAUAAUAUUCUAUACUCGAAGUGGCUGCCUCAAGAUGAUAUUUUGUCCCAUCCUAACAUUACACUCUUCAUCACACAUGCGUGAAAAGGAGGCAUUACAGAGGCGCAGUAUCAUGGAAAACCAAUGUUGGCGCUUCCCAUAUUUGGUGAUCAGCCUAGCAAUGCUUUAAAAAUGGUGAAAGAUGGAUUCGGUCUCAGUUUGAGUCUGCUGACUCUCGAAGAACAGUCUUUUAAAGAGAGUCUGACUGAACUGCUGGAGAAUCCACAGUAUACACAUAAAGUAAAGACCUUCUCCACUUUAUAUAGGGAUAGACCUAUGUCUGCUCGAGAAAGUGUUCUUUACUGGUCUGAGUAUGUUAUGCGUCAUCAUGGUGCUGCUCACCUUCAGAGUCCGUUGCUGAGAAUGAAUUUCAUAGCCGCCAACAAUUUAGAUGUUUUCGCAUUGUUUGUGACGAUUAUAAUAGUUUUUAUCUACAUUAGCAAAUUUGUGUUGACUGCGAUAGUUAGAAAGCUAAAAGGAAAACCGAAAAGUACUGAUAAAAUAAAAAAAAACAUUAGGUCUAGUCAUUGCUUAUCAACUGACAACAUGAUAAUUUGUAUUAAAAGUAUUAACUUUGAUUUAUAUUUUUGAUGUGUCGAUUAAUUUUAUAUUUCAUAAUUUCUUUAUAAUAUUAAUAAUGGGUACAUUUAUGUCUAUGAUGAGUCACUAAUGAAAUUGAUACCUAAAUUGUUAUUGUUAGAGUAGAAACCUCAUUCACUUAGAGUUAAGUACCUCGACUGUUCAUAUGGACUCAAAUAAACCAAUUACUCAAAGCUCUUGAAUAUUUUCUGGCCAACAAGUGAAAAACAAAGUUGGUUCUCUCUCUGGCUCGAUCUCUGUGUAUGAAUCGCUGGUGGAAUACUUGGCAACUUUAUUACAGAAAUUCUCAAAAUACUUUUGCACGUCGCAAUUUUGUAGUCUAGGUUUAUAUAUUUCCCACACACACACACAUACACACUCGGGCAUGAUUGAAAAAAAAAUACAAAAAACGAACGUUGAAAAUUCUUCAAACUACCCAACGAGAACGCAGUGAGUACUCAGCACUGAGCACGGAGCAAUGGAAACAAAAUAACAUUUAGCAAUAAGCAAAUUUCAAUUGAAAUAGCAAACGGAAAAGGCAUGCGAAAUA